GUACGGUGCUAGGAUACAGAGUGUAACUAGCCCUGAUAAAUGAUUCUGUCUCCUGCAGCUUGCAUUCCUUUUUAGAGGAUCUUUCCAUAUCCUUGUAUGUAUGGCAUCGCUGCCAUCAAGGGUCUCAAGACACCUAUCAUGUUAGAUGUGUGUAAGGCCCGAGUUAAGUAGAUGUCGUUUUAAUGAUUGUCAUCAGUUAUUGUCAACUAGCUUUGCACUUGUUAUUCUUGUUUUAAACAAGUGGUUUGAGAUACAUUUAGUUACUCCUCAAGUUGAGUACUUGGGUUAGAAAGAAAUCCUUCGUUUUCUUGAUCAGUCAGGAACAAAAAGGCUAAAGUAUAGUUAUAAUUGCUUUGAACGUUCACAAAAUGAUUCUGGGAAUAGGAGUAGACAUUGUUCAUAUACCGCGUAUUGCAGCGCUUAUAACAAGAAGAGGCAAAGAUAGAUUGGCUAAACGAAUACUGAGUCCUGUAGAAUGGAACGAAUUCGAAUCACAGUUCUUGACAUCAUCGUCAUUGCUGACAGAUCAGUUGAGACAGCAGAAAGAACUAACUUUUCUGGGAUCAAGAUGGUGCAUCAAAGAAGCCGUAUACAAAGCAUUAUAUCCUACAAAGAAGCUUGAAUGGAAAGAUGUCACUGUCUCCAAAAUACUAGAUAAACCGAGUAUUCAUAUUGUCAAUGGGGAGUUAUAUGGUGUACAAAAAGCGCAUGUAUCGUUAUCGCAUGACGGUGAAUAUACUAUUGCUCAAGUCGUACUAGAAGGCAAAAGUAGUAGUAGUGCUGGUAACAGCGGCUAAAAACAGCAACAUAAUUACAACAACGGGCAGGUUUUAUUUUUGAUUAUCGUGCAAUCUAUUUUUAUUCCAUGAGUUACAACACCAAAAAUGGAUAUUUUGCGUCCUUUUUUUUUUGUUUUGGCUUUGCUGAACUUUCUGGCCCUACAUUCCUUUCAUUCAAAACUUUAUAUGUGCCAAAGGUAAUAGUAAAUUAGAAAGGUUAGACGAAAGUAAUCGAUUUUAAUGUAUCCAAUUCCAUUAUGAAAAACGUAAUAAGCUUGUCCUUUGAAAGUAUAUCAGUCUGUCUAGCAGAAACAAAAGAUCUAUAAAGGACUUAUAAAGAGCUGCCUUUACAAAAGUAUAUAUUAUUGUGAAAGUUUAGAAGCCGCAUUCAAAUAUUAUACUUACACUUUACUCCCCC